AUGCCACACAUUCAUGAUGAUAGUGAUACCCAAAAUGAUUGGAUUUUUGGAAAUUUUGAAAAUGUACGAACAAUCCUAUCCUCACAGAUAACGCUUACCCUGUCAUACCCUAGUAAGAUUUCUCGGGACCGGGCCAUCAAGUCUAAAUCACGAGAAAACAUGGUCGUAAGAGUGAAGAAUGAAUCAGCAAUUACGGUACUGGUUGGGAGUUCAAAAAAUGAGUUGUGGUGA